AUGGUACACAAAAAAGAAAUGGCCGGAAAGAAACAGAUGGAAAAAAUGAAUGUGGAUGAAAAUCAAGGAAUCGAACUGGAAAUGAAUGAUGGAAUCGGGGAGGAAAAGAAAAGAAACACGAAAAAGGACCCAAAAACGAACAAAUACGCAACCAGAGACAACUGGAUUAAGAACACAACGAACACGGUUUUCUUUUUGGAAAGGAUCAAUCAAGCUGACAAACCCAUGCAUGCCAUGGAAGUCGCGAAAAUGCUGCACAAUAUCGGAAUAAAAAACUACAAGGAACUGAAAUUCGCAGGACAGGGACGUUACAGGGUUAGUUUCAAUCGACCAAAAGAGGCGGAAGAUUUGAUUAACUCCAGGCUCCUAACGGAAGAAUUCAAAUACAGGGUGUAUGUGCCGAACAUGUUGAAGGAAUCAGUAGGUGUGGUCAGGAACGUAGCUCCCUCCUUAUCGGAGGAAGAAAUACUGAACAACAUUCAGACAGCAGGGAAGAAGAAGGUGGUGAAGGUCGAAAGAAUAAGCAGAAUGAGGGAUGGGGUAUUGAUUCCGACGUACUCAAUCAAGAUAUUCGUAGAAGGACAGGAACUUCCAGAAAGUGUCGCGAUUUACGGAGUUUGCGAGAUGGUGGAGGCUUACAUCUUCCCCAUCAAAAUGUGUAAGAAGUGUUGGCGUUACGGACAUAGAGUGAAUGCUUGUAAGAGUGCGAAGGGCCGCUGUGAAAACUGCGGUUCUGAACAAGAUGGACAGGGACAGGAUUGCGUAAACCCUUGCAUAAACCCGACAAACUGCAUUCAAUGCAAACAGACACACAAGGUAACAGACAGGAACUGUCCGGAAAGGAUUCGACAGGACAAAAUUCGAUAUGUUAUGGCAAACGAACGACUCACAUUCAUGGAGGCAUCCAACAAAUUCCCCAAAUCAAAUCAGGCACAACACAGACUGGACUCACUGACCGAAUUCCCCCCAAUGAUUGGUAACGACAGCAACAACGCAAGGCAGAACACUCGACCACAAACAUCACAAACAGGAACAGUUAAGAAACCAGGAAACCAACUUAAACAACCCCCAAUAGAGCAGACAAACUUUUCCAACAUCAUCAGCAAAAUAACAGCCAUUCAAAAAUCCAUUCUCAAACACGAUCAAUUCUGA